GGUAUGCUAGUAUUUAACGCAGAACCGCGUGGAAUGAUAAUAAUAAUAUUUUAGAUAUCAUAAUUCGGGUGGGGUGGCGGCUAACUAUGCCAAUCUUUACCCACUCCUCUUAUUCUAAUUCACCCACUCUUAGUCUUAACACCACACCGUCCUAAACUACACCUUCCUUUUAACCUUCUCUUAACUUUCCUUUUUAUUUUUCAACCUAUAAAUUAAUACUUCCCACUCUUUGCAAUAUCAUCAUCAUCAUAAAAUACAAAAUUAUUUGAAUUUCUAUCAGUUCAAUGGCAUAUUCAAGAGUUGCUUUCUUACUCUUUCUAAUCUCCACGGUUGCGAUUGCCUCUGCUGCCAACAAUUUCUAUCAAGACUUUCAAAUUACAUGGGGAGAUGGUCGUGCCAAAAUACUCAACAAUGACCAACUUCUUACUCUCUCUCUUGACAAAGCCUCUGGUUCUGGCUUUCAAUCCAAAAAUCAAUAUCUUUUUGGUAAAAUCGAUAUGCAACUUAAACUUGUUUCUGGCAACUCUGCUGGUACUGUCACUGCCUAUUAUUUAUCAUCAAAAGGAGGCGCCUGGGAUGAGAUUGACUUUGAAUUCUUGGGAAAUUUGAGUGGACAGCCAUACACACUUCACACAAAUGUGUUUAGCCAAGGAAAGGGUAAUAGGGAGCAACAAUUUCAUCUUUGGUUUGACCCUACUGCAGAUUUUCACACCUAUUCCAUCCUCUGGAAUCCUCAACAGAUUGUUUUCUAUGUGGAUGGAACUCCAAUUAGGGAAUUCAAGAACAUGGAAUCAAAUGGUGUUCCAUUCCCGAAAAACCAACCAAUGAGAAUCUACUCAAGUCUUUGGAAUGCUGAUGAUUGGGCCACAAGAGGAGGACUUGUUAAAACAGAUUGGAGCAAAGCACCUUUCACUGCUUCAUACAGAAACUUCAAUGCAAAUGCAUGCACUUGGUCUUCUGGAAAAUCAUCUUGUAGUUCUUCAACACAAUCUAAUACUAAUAAUGCUUGGUUCUCUGAGGAGUUGGAUUCUUCUAGUCAUGAGAGGCUCAAAUGGGUGCAGAAGAAUUACAUGAUCUAUAAUUAUUGUACUGAUAUCAAAAGAUUUCCUCAGGGACUUCCUCAAGAAUGCAAAAUGGCUUAGGGGAUAAUUUUUUUAGUUUGGAUUGUAUUCUCUUUUCUUAUAUUGUAAUUUUCAUGAUAAUAUAUUCUUUAAUUCAUUGUAUAAGUCAAUUAUAAAGGAUCCAAUUCCUAUUAUUAUAUGGUUAAUUAUUUCUUAAUGUA